CAUCAUUUCUCCUGGGUCACCAAAUGUCAACACCAGGUUGCUGGGAACGAUGGCUCUCAUCGGUUAGCAAGUGCCAGGUGGGCUGCCUCCACGUUUUUCCAUCUCUUGCGCCCCUGUUCCUAUUUUUUCCUUCUUCUUGUUCUUGUUCCUGACUUGUGCUUGCGGCCCACACUGACGCGCUUCUUUGGCCACACAAUCAUGUCCGCACCGAUAAUCCCAACCUCCCUGCCGCGGCUUAAAGAAAGGAAGAUCAAUGACUUCAGUUUCGGGCUGAUGUCACCGCGUCUCCGGACAUCGGAUAUCGACAGCUCGCUUAAGAAUUGCUGGUAUUCACAGGAUGACACAUCACCUGGUGGAUUCGCGCUCACGCGAAAUACAGACCCAGAUUUGCGCGCUGGUCCCUAAGACGGCGUCACUCAUACAGAUACCCCAUCCCCAACUUCACCUU